AGAAAGAACACAGAUUAUGCAGCUAUCCCCAUCACAGGAACCCUUUGGGAAGCUGGCCACCCAGGACUUCCACGGCAGCGGGGCACCUCCCUGUGUCUGGCCGGCAGCUGCAGCCCGAGGAUCCAGGUGCAGCUACUGAGGAGGACCGCACUGUGACUGAAGGGCCUGUGGACGAGGUCAUUCGGCCACGGCCACAGGGGUCCUCCCCUGUCUACGAAUGCACAGCAGAAGGCACUGGCUUUGGAGUCCAGGAAGACGCCCCGGGACGGCGAGGCUCCUCAGGGAGGCGGAGGUCCUGGUGGAAGCGGGCCUCGGGGGACUCGCAGGUCUUCUCCAGGAUGAGCCACCCAGAGGCUGUGCGGGAAGUGACAGAGGAGACACUGGAGACUGAGGUGGAGGCAGGAGCCAGUGGUUACAGUGUCACAGGUGGGGGACACCAGGGGAUCUUUGUCAAGCAAGUGCUGAAGGACUCCUCGGCAGCCAAGCUAUUCAGUUUGAGAGAAGGGGAUCAGCUGCUCAGUGCCACCAUCUUCUUUGACGACAUUAAAUAUGAAGACGCUCUCAAGAUACUUCAGUACUCGGAGCCUUACAAGAUCCAGUUCAGAAUCAAACGGAAACUGCGUGCCCCAGAGGGUGAGGAGCUGGCCGUCUCUGGCCCUUGGCAAGACUCCAAGGGCAAGGAGCAGGACAAGGAUGUGGCUGACGAGUGUACAGAGACCCCGACGAAGACACUGGAGGCAGAUGGUGACCGGGAGAGGCUCAUCUCCAAGCCCAGGGAGAGCCGUGGCAGGCGCCCCCACGAAAGGCUCUCCUGGCCCAAAUUUCAAGCCCUAAAGAGCAAGCGGGGGCCUGGACCUCGACGUUCACACAGUUCCUCCGAGGCACACGAGCCUGGAGAUGCGCGAGACGUGUCCCCGACAAGCACAGACACAGAGGCCCAGCGGCAGGAGGAGCUCCGGGCACAGAAGGCAGGGCCAGGCCGCCAGAGGAGGAGGAAGUUCCUGAACUUCAGAUUUAAGAUGGGUUCAGGACAGGAACCCUCUGCCGCCGGGCAACUGGGCAGAGAGGCCCACGGCAGGCCACAUCCUGCUGGGGUGCUGGGGGAAAUGGGCCCCUGGGAGGAUGGGCCAGGGGCCACAGGGGCUCCCGCGGGAGGCAGGCCUGAGGAGAGAGCACAGUGGCAAGAGGCUGGGCCGCCUGUGCAGCAGGGAGUGGAACCAGGCCUUCCAGCACACGUCCUUGGUGACAGAGCUCCUGCAGAAGGGGUAGGGAUGGCUGCCAGGGGCCAAAGGGAGACACAACCCGUGAGCACCCAGCACAAGGCAGGGGAGCACAGCAAGCCCAGGAGCGGCAUUGGCGCAGGCCGCAGGAUGAGCUGGGAGCAGGAAUGGGAAGAGAUUCAGAGCCUGGAAACAGGGAUAGCAAGACUGUCCCUGUUGGACACCCAGGACCCAUCACUGCAGGUGGACAUACAGGUUCCUGGUGAGAAGCUGGAUGGGGACCUGGCCCUGGCAGACAAGGACGUGACCACCAAAGACAGCAAGUUCAAAAUGCCCAAGUUCAAGAUGCCCUCCUUAGGCGUGUCCGCCCUAGGAAAGGGUUUGGACGCGUCUGUGGAGGUGAAGGCGCCCAAGGUGGAGGAUGAUGUGGCCUUGCCGUCCAUACAGGGUGACCUCACGAGCUCUGACCUCAUCAUCCAGCUGCCCACUGCUGACCUGGACACUCGGGAUGGUCAAGUGUACAUGACUCUCCAUGAGGUCCCCCUGCCUGAGGGAGAGCUGCCAGUGGCACCUGACACUAAAUCCGGCCUAAAGGGGCACCAGCCCAAGGUGCAGAUGCCCAGAAUCAAGAUGCCCAAGGUUGACAUCAAGGGCCCCCAGGUAGAUAUCAAGGACCCCAAGCUGGACGUGAAAGGCUCUAGGGGUGAGGUGAGUGGCCCCGACCUAGACAUGGAGCUGCCCUCUGGGCAGGUAGACAUACAGGCCCCCAGUGCCAAGCUGGAGGGGGACCUGGCCCUGGCAGACAAGGAAGUGGCCACCAGAGACAGCAAGUUCAAAAGGCCCAAGUUCAAGAUGCCAUCUUUUGGCAUCUCUGCCCCUGGCAAGACCUUGGACACGUCCAUGGAGGUGAAAGGGCCCAAGGAGGAGGCCCACAUAGCCUUGCCCUCCAUCCAGGGUGACCUCAAAGCCUCUGACCUCAGCAUCCAGCUGCCCGCCACUGGCCUGGAGACUGGGACUGGUAAGGUGGACGUGACCCUCCCCGAAGCCACCCUGUCCGAGGGAGAGAUUCCGGCAUCCCCUUCUGCUGGAGCCAAGCUGAAGGGGCACCUGCCCAAGAUGCAGAUGCCCAGCAUCAAGAUGCCCAAGGUGGACCUCAAGGGCCCCCAGGUGGACAUCAAGGGCCCCAAGCUGGAGGUGAAAGGCACCAAGGGUGAAGUGAGCACCCCUGUCAUGGAUGUGGAACAGCCAUCAGUGCAGGUGGACAUACAGGCCCACAGUGCCAAGCUGGAGGGGGACCUGGCCCUGGCAGACAAGGAAAAGGCCAUUAAAGACAGUAAGUUCGAAAUGCCCAAGUUCAAGAUGCCGUCCUUUGGUGUGUCUGUCCCGGGCAAGAUGUUGGAGACAUCCCUGGAGGUGAACGCACCCGAGGUAGAGGCCGAUGUGGCCCUGCCCUCCAUCCAGGGUGACCUCAAAACCUCUGAACUCGGCAUCCAGUUGCCUACAGCCAACCUCGAUGCUGGGGACAGCCAGGGGGACGUGACCCUCCCCAAGACCACCCUGCCUGAGGGACAGCAGCCACCAGCUCCUCCUGCUGGAGCCAGCCUGAAGGGACACCUGCCCAAGGUGCAGAUGCCCAGCAUCAAGAUGCCCAAGGUGGACCUCAAGGGCCCCCAGGUGGACAUCAAGGGCCCCAAGCUGGACGUGAAAGGCCCCAAGGUUGAGGCAAGUGCCCCCGACCUGGACAUGGAGCUGCCCUCUGGGCAGGUGGACAUACAGGCCCCCAGUGCCAAGCUGGAGGGGGAUCUGACCCUGGAAGACAAGGAAGGGGACCUGGCCCUGGCAGACAAGGAAGUGGCCACCAAAGACAGCAAGUUCAAAAUGCCCAAGUUCAAGAUGCCCUCUUUUGGCAUCUCUGCCCCCAGCAAGACCUUGGACUCCUCUAUGGAGGUGAACUUGCCCAAAGUGGAAGCCGAUGUGACCUUGCCCUCCAUCCAGGGUGACCUCAAAGACCCUGAACUCCACAUGCAGCUGCCUGAAGCCAAUGUGGACAUCAGGGCUGGCCAGAUGGACAUGACCCUCACCGAGGCCACCCUGCCCAAGAAAGAGCUACUGGCAGCCCCUGAUGCUGAAGCUGGCCUUAAGGGGCACAAGCCCAAGUUGCAGAUGCCCAGCAUCAAGAUGCCCAAGGUGGACGUCGAGGGCCCUGAGGUAGAUGUCAAGGGCACCAAGCUGAACGUGAAAGGCAAGAAGUGCGAGGUGAACGCCCCUGACCUGGACGUGGAGUUGCCAUCAAUGCAGGUGGACACACAGGUUCCUGGUGAAAAGCUGGAGGGGGACCUAGCCCUGGCAGACAAGGAAGUGGCCACCAGAGACAGCAAAUUCAAAAUGCCCAAGUUCAAGAUGCCCUCCUUCGGCAUGUCGGCCCCCGUCAAGACAUUGGACACAUCUGUGGAGGUGAAGGCACCCAAGGUGGAGGUCGAUGUGGCGCUGCCCUCCAUCCAGGGUGACCUCAAAACCUCUGACAUCAGCAUCCAGCUGCCAACUGCUGACCUAGACGCCAGGGCUCGCCAGGUGGAAGUGACCCACACCGAGGACACCGUGCCUGAGAGAGAAUUUCAGGUGGCCCCUGCUGCUGGAGCCAGCCUGAAGGGGCACUUGCCCAAGAUGCAGAUGCCCAGCAUCAAGAUGUCCAAGGGGGAGCUCAAGGGCCCCCAGGUGGACAUCAAGAGCCCCAAGCUGGAGGUGAAAGGCCCCACGGUUGAGGUGAGUGCCCCUGACAUGGACAUGGAGCUGCCCUCUGGACAGGUGGACAUGCAGGCCCCCAGUGCCAAGCUGGAGGGGGAUCUGACCCUGGAAGACAAGGAAGUGGCCACCAGAGACAGCAAGUUCAAAAGGCCCAAGUUCAAGAUGCCGUCCUUCAGUGUGUCUACCCCCAGCAAGACCUUGGACACGUCCAUGGAGGUGAAGGCGCCCAAGGUGGAGGCCGAUGUGGCUCUGCCUUCCAUCCAGAGUGACCUCAAAACCUCUGACAUCAGCAUCCAGAUGCCCACUGCCGACCUAGAGGCUGGGACUGGACAGGUGGACUUGACCCAACCCAAGGCCACCCUGCCCAAGGGAGAGCUGCCGGCGGCCCCUCCUGCUGGGGCUGCUGGAGCCAGCCUGAAGGGACACCUGCCCAAGGGGAAGAUGCCCAGCAUCAAGAUGCCCAAGGUGGACCUCAAGGGCCCUCAGGUAGAUGUCAAGGGCCCUAAGCUGGACAUGAAAGACAACAAGGGCGAGGUCAAUGCUCCUGACCUGAUGUUGGAGCAGCCAUCAGUGCAGGUGGACAUACAAGCCCCUGGUGCCAAGGUAGAAGGGGACCUGGCCAUUGCAGACAAGGACUUUGCCACUAAAGAGGGCAAGAUCAAAAUGCCCAAGUUCAAGAUGCCCUCCUUCGGCCUAUCUGCCCCCAGCAAGACAUUGGACACAUCCGUGGAGGUGAAGGCACCCGAGGUGGAGGCCGAUGUGGCCCUGCCCUCCAUCCAGGGUGACCUCAAAACCUCUGACAUUAGCAUCCAGCUGCCUACAGCCAACCUGGAGGCUGGGGAUAGCCAGGGGGAAGUGACCCUCCCCAAGACCACCCUGCCUGAGGGACAGCAGCCACCAGCUCCUCCUGAUGGAGCCAGCCUAAAGGGACACCUGCCCAAGGUGCAGAUGCCCAGCAUCAAGAUGCCCAAGGUGGACCUCAAGGGCCCCCAGGUGGACAUCAAGGGCCCCAAGCUGGACGUGAAAGGCUCUAGGGGCGAGGUGAGUGGCCCCGACCUGGACAUGGAGCUGCCCUCUGGGCAGGUGGACAUGCAGGCCCCCAGUGCCAAGCUGGAGGGGGACCUGGCCCUGGCAGACAAGGAAGUGGCCACCAGAGACAGCAAGUUCAAAAUGCCCAAGUUCAGGAUGCCCUCCUUUGGCCUGUCUGCCCCCGUCAAGACAUUGGACACGUCCGUGGAGGUGAAGGCACCCAAGGUGGAAGUCGAUGUGGUGCUGCCCUCCAUCCAGGGUGACCUCAAAACCUCUGACAUCAGCAUCCAGAUGCCCCCCGCCGAAAUGGGGGACAGCGCUGGCCAGGUGGACGUGACCCUCCCUGAGGCCACCCUGCCUAAGGAAGAGCUGCCGGCGGCCCCUGCUGAUGGAGCCAGCCUGAAGGGCCUGAAGGGGCAUCUGCCCAAGGUACAGAUGCCCAGCAUCAAGAUGCCCAAGGUGGACCUCAAGGGCCCCCAGGUGGACAUCAAGGGCCCCAAGCUGGACGUGAAAGGCCCCAAGAGCGGGGUGAGUGGCCUUGACCUGGAGAUGGAGCUGCCCUCUGGACAGGUGGACAUACAGGCCCCCACCACCAAGAUGGAGGAGGACCUGGCCCCAGAAGACAAGGAAGUGGCCACCAAAGACAGCAAGUUCAAAAUGCCCAAGUUCAAGAUGCCCUCCUUCGGCCUGUCUGCCACUGGAAAGGCCUUGGACGCAUCCGUUGACAUAAAAGUGCCUAAGGUAGAGGCCGAUGUGGCCUUGCCUUCCACACAGGGUGACCUCAUGAGCUCAGAACUCAGCAUCCAACUGCCCGCCACUAACCUAGACACCAGGGAUGGCCAGGUGGGUGUGACCCUCCAUGAUAGCCCCCUGCCUAAGGAAGAGCUGCCAGGGGAACCUGACAUUAAAUCUGGCCUAAAGGGGCACCAGCCCAAAGUGCAGAUGCCCAGCAUCAAGAUGCCCAAGGUGGACCUCAAGGGGCCCCAAGUGGACAUAAAGGGCCCCAAGGUGGAUGUGAAAGGUCCCAAGGUUGAGGUGAGUGUCCCAGACCUGGACGUGGAGCUGCCCUCUGGGCAAGUGGACAUACAGGCCCCCAACACCAAGCUGGAGGGGGACCUGGUCCUGGAAGAAAAGGACGAGGCCACCAAAGACAGCAAGCUCAAAAGGCCCAAGUUCAAGAUGCCCUCUUUUGGCAUCUCUGUCCCCGGCAAGACCUUGGAUGCGUCUGUGGAGGUGAAAGGGCCUAAGGUAGGGACUGGAGUCGUCCUGCCCUCCAUCCAGAGUGACCUCAAAACCCCUGACCUCAGUAUCCAGCUGCCCACCGCCGACCUGGAGACCAGGGCUGGCCAGGUGGACGUAACCUUCUCUGAGGCCACCCUGCCCAAGAAAGAGCUGCCGGUGGCCCCUGCUUCUGGAGUUGGCCUUAAGGGACACCUGCCUAAGGUGCAGAUGCCCAGCAUCAAGAUGCCCAAGGUGGACCUCAAGGGCCCUCAGGUAGAUGUCAAGGGCCCCAAGCUGGACGUGAAAGGCACCAAAGGUGAGGUGAGUGUUCCAGACCUGGAGAUGGAGCUGCCCUCCAUGCAGGUGGACAUACAGACCCCCAGUGCCAAUUUGGAGGGGGACCUGGCCCUAUUAGAGAAGGACGUGGCUACCAAAGAGGUCAAGUUCAAAAUGCCCAAGUUCAAGAUUCCCUCUGUGGGCUUGUCUGCCCCAGGAAAGGCCUUGGACACGUCUGUGGAGGUGAAGGUGCCCAAGAUGAAGGCUGAUGUGGACAUGCCCUCCAUUGAGGGCGACCUCAAAGGCUCUGACCUCUGCAGACAGCUGCCCGACACCGACCUGGACUCCAGGGCUCUCCAGGUGGAUGUGACCCUCCCCGAGGCCACCUUGCCAGAGGAAGAGCUUCUGGUGGCCUCUGCUGCUGUAUCCAGCCUGGAGGGGCACCUGCCCAAGGUACAGAUGCCCAGCAUCAAGAUGCCCAAGGUGGACCACAAAGAGCCCCAGGUGGACGUCAAGGGCCCCAAGCUGGACAUAAAAGGCUCCAAGGGCAAGGUGAGCACCCCCGACCUGGAGCUGCCUUCUGUGCAAGUGGAUAUUCAAGCCCCUGGUGCCCAGCUGGAGGGGGACCUGGCCCUGGCAGACAAGGAGGUGGCCACCAAAGAGGGCAAGUUCAAAAUGCCCAAGUUCAAGAUGCCCUUCUUUGGCGUAUCUGCCCCUAGCAAGGCCUUGGACACAUCUGUGGAGGUGAAGAGGCCCAAGGUGGAGGCUGAUGUGGCCCUGCCCUCCAUUCAGGGAGACCUCAAGGGCUCUGACCUCAGCAGCCAGCUGUCUGCCACCGACUUGGAGGCUGGGGCUGGCCAGGCAUACGUGACCCUCCCCAAGCCCACCCUGCUCGAGGGAGAGCUGCAGGCGGCCCCUGACUCUGGAAUAGGCCUGAAGGGGCAUCUGCCCAAGAUGCAGAUGACCAGUAUCAAGAUUCCCAAGGUGGACCUCAAGGGGCCCCUGGUGGAUGUCAAAGGCCCCAAGGGUGAGGAGAGCACCCCAAACCUGGACAUGGAGCUGCCCUCCAUGGAGGUGGACAUACAGGCUCCCAGUGCCCAGCUAGAGGGGGACCUGGCCCCAGAAGAUAAGGAAGUGGCCACCAAAGACAGCAAGUUCAAAAUGCCCAAGUUCAAGAUGCCCUCUUUCAGCCUGUCUGCCCCAGGAAAGGCUUUGGGUGCAUCCGUGGAAGUGAAGGUGCCCAAGGUGGAGGCCAAUGUGACCUUGCCAUCCAUUCAAGGCGACAUCAAAAGCUCUGAGCUCAGCAUCCAGCUGCCCACCCUGCAGGCUGGGCCUGGUGAGGUGGAUGUGACCCUCUCUGAGGCUGCCCUGCCCGAGGGAGAGCUGCCAGUGGCCACAGUCUCUGGAGUUGACCUGAAGGGGCAUGUGCCCAAGGUGCAGAUACCCAGCAUCAAGAUGCCCAAGGUGGAUGUCAAGGGCCCCCAGGUGGACACAAAGGGCCCUAAGCUGGAGGUGAAGAGCCCCAAGGGUGAGGUGAUCCCCUCUGAACUUGAUGUGGAGCAGCCCUCCGUGCAGGUGGACACACGGGCCCCCGGCACUAAGCUGAGCCAGCCCCUUGAGGCCUGCUUUCCUCCGGGUUCCAGCGCCGAGGGCCCGCAGGCCUCCUGCUCUCCACAGCGGGGCGCUCCUUCUGCUGGUUCUGAGAGCUCUGUUGUUUGUGUGUCCUCCCCUGAGCAUCAGUCAGGCCCCGAGGACCCCGAGCCUCCUGCAUUCCAUGCCCGGGUGACUUUUCCUAAAUUCCACAAGCCAAAAUUUGGGUUUUCCUGUGCUGCUGCAGCUGUUGCUGAGGCAGAUUCACGUGCUGCCAAGGAUAGCCCAGGCCUGUCUCUUCUCUGCCCUGUUGAGGGAGUGGAUUCGUUAGGUGAGGGUGCCUCUCAGCCCCUGUCCUCAGGUGUCCCUGAGUCCCCAGGGAGGGAGGAGCACUUGGGUCCAGCUGUCGUUGGAGGCUCAGCUGAAGCUGCUGACCGUGAUGGGAAGGGCAGUCCCUUUAAGAUGCCUCGCCUCAAGCUCCCGUCUUUUAGCUGGUCUCCGAAAAAGCAGGCAGUGGUAACAGGGGACCCUGGGGGCCACCCAGAGGACGCCACACUCAGCCUGGUUCUGGAGACAGACGAAAUGCAUACCCAGCCCACGGUCCAGGUGCCCCCAACGGAAGCUCAAAUGCAUCUGCCUUCAGAGAAGGAAGGAGAGAAAGGGAGGAAGCCUGCCUUGGCCAUGCCCAGACUUCCACUUCCCAGACGGAAGGCUUCCAAGGCCCGGGAGAGCUCGCCGCCAGGAGACACAGACGCUGCGUUGUCCAGUACCACAGAUGGACCUGACUCCGAAGCCACAGAGAGGGCCAGCUGUGAUGGUGGUCAGGGAGACUCUGGCGUGACGGCCGGCCCCCUGGAAGGAGAUGGGGGGCAUGUCCAGGUGCCACAGGCCCAUCCUCCCAGUUUGGGUUUUGACAAACCCAAGGUGGAGGUGGAGGUGGAGGUGAGUCUGUUGAAGGCUGACCUGCACCUUCCCCAACAUGACCUGGCUAUCAGAGGUGACAGCCAAGAAAGCCGGCUCGGGGACCUCUCCAUGAGCCAGUCCCAUGGGGAGAGGAUGGCACACCCCGAGGAUGUCCCCACUGUGGAAAGCCCAGACGGGAGCACUGCCACCAGAGCAGCACCGGCAGACUCGCAGGCACACUGGUUCAGGAUGCCCACGUUGCGUGUGCCUGGCUUCAGGCGCUCUUCCUCCAAGGAGCAAGGGGGACCCCGGGAGCAGGACACAGCAGAGGCAGCCCCCGAUCCUGGGUCAAUGGCAGAGGCAAGUGUGUCCCCACGGCCCCUAGAAGCCCAGAUGGAAGGGGCCGCUCCCGAGAGUGAAUCCUACGCAGAUGUCCCCAGUCGUCCUCUUGAGAGCCCCAGCUUACAGCUGCACUUCCCCACUGCUCCAGGGUCCGAGUCGGGCCUGCCCGGCCCUGGGGGCGGGACCCAUCCAGCCAUAGACCCCCUUCCCCUUCAGAUCCCUGGAGUGAGGCCUUCUGAACCCUUGGCUCCACCAGGAGAAGCACGUGGGGAGCCUCUUUCCCGGCCAGGAGGAUGUGACCUUGCCAAGGCAGAGGCGAGAACAGAGAUGGGGUCCUUCCAGCCCAAAGGUCCUCUGAAACUGAAGGCUUCCAGCACUGACGUGCCAUCCCAGGUUUCCGUGGUGAACGUGAAUCAGCUCUGGGAAGAUUCUGUGCUAACAGUCACCUUCCCCAAACUGAAGGUGCCCAGGUUCUCCUUCCCUGUGCCCAGCUCUGAGGCGGAUGUGUUCUUUCCUGUGGUGAGGGCAGUGCCCUGCACGGAGGCAGGCACAGAGGUGGCCCUUCUCCAGGACAGUCCUGGGCUCUGGGGAGCCAGCCUCCUGAGGGCCUCUGGCACGGUGGUGCCCGGGGAGCAGCCCGAGGGCCCUGACCUCUCCUCAGAGGUGUCCCCAGUUUCUAAGGUCCGAGUGCACAUUCAGGAGUCCCAGGGUGAGAGUCAAGGGGUCACCAUUUGCAGCAAUGUGCAAGGAGAGUGCUCUGAUAUGGCAGCACCCGAGGCCUCUUCCACUCAGAUUGUGCGGGAAUCUGAGAUCCCCACGUCCACGGUUCAGAUGGCUUCCUAUGGGUUUUCCUUGCUGAAGGUGAAAAUCCCAGAGCUCCCUGCCCAGGCUAGCACGGACACCAUAGCUCAAGACCCCGCAGCAGGGGAGCCCUCCGGAGGGUCCCCAGGAGGAGACACCGUUCCUGCAGAUCCACAGCCUGACACUGGAGAGCCAUUUGAGAUGAUCUCCGGCAGUGCCAACCUGCUGGGGCCACCAACAUUCCCGAGUGAGGCUGGCUCUGGCCUCCAGCUUGCAGACAGUGGCUCUGAUGAGGAGCCAGCAGAAAUUCUCGAGUUUCCCCUUGACGACCGCCCGGAGGCAGCGACCCUGCUGGCAGGUGAAGACAGGGCUCUCAAAGAGAAGCCAGAAGGUAAAAAGUCUUCUGGGCUGUUGUGGUCUUGGCUUCCAAACAUCGGGUUCUCUUCCACCAGCGAGACCAGAGCCAAUGCCAGGGAUGACACCCAGAGGUCUGCUCCCAUCCAGACACAGCCUGGGGCACGGCCAGACCCGGAGCCGGAGAAGAAGCAGGACAGGGCAGGCUGGUUCCGGUUUCCCAGACUAGGGUUCUCCUCUUCCCCUGCCAAGAAGGGCAAAAGCUCGGAGGAGGAGGCAGGUCUGCCCGGGCAAAAGCUGCAGGAAGAAACAGUCACCUUCUUUGACGCCCGAGAAAGUUUUUCCCCUGAAGAAGAGGAUGAUGAGGUGGCAGCAGGGGCUGCAGGUGCCAGGCUGGGGCCCAGAGUGAUGGUGACAUCCUCAGCAAGAACAGAGCUGAUCCUGUUGGAGGACAGCAAAAGUGCUGGCGAAGGGCCUGUGCCCAGGCCCACAACUGAAUGAGGGUCAGAGAAGUGCGGCCAGUCAGCAGGAGAGAGAUGCAGAGGGCAGGGGUGGAGCGCCUCGGGGCGCUGGGCUGGCCGCACACGCGUCCACCUGGAUAACGGACCGGAGAACCAAGCAGAAAUGAACAUGAACAUCUGUGUCACAUCGCCCAACCUUCCUAAAAUGGAACCAAAAACGCGACCAGCUCCCUCCAAGCUCUGGGAGCGCAGAGGUGCCCAGACUCCCACCUGUGUGGAUUCACCCAGCUUCGUGGGGCCGCUGGAGGCCCAGCUGGAGAAGCCUGCUGGUCUGCAUGCAUGAGCUCCGACGGUCUGCAGGAACGCCCAGAGGGGCCGUGCUCCUGAGGGCAGGGUUCUUGUGCCCACGGGUGUUGAGGCAGUUGGCGUCACCUGUGCCCUGCGUUGCCAUCUCGUGGUGAAGCCAGUUCUCUGGCUCCAGGCGGAGCACGUGGUGUUCUUGGAAGCCUGUUACUGGCUCACGUGCCAGCUGGCUCCUUUGUCAACAUCCUCCUCGUGGCCAGCUGCAGGAUGCCUUGUGAUUGGGCACACAGGAGAUAGCCAACGGUUGCCUGGUGGGAACAAAGUGGCAACUGUGGGCCAGGCAAGCAACAGAUGUUAGGACACCUGAGAGUCAUCGCGAGACAUCGAUGUGUUCUCCCCACAGUUUCUCCAGUGUGCACAGCCCCACGCUGUGGCCCCCGCACCCCUUGAAGUAGCCAGGCUCGGCUGCCCCUGGAUAGGCAAUAAAGCACUGUAUUCCGUGGUAAA